UUCGAUAAUUUUCAUCAAACAUACAUAUAUUUUAUAGUGUUAGCCUUAUUCAAAUAUAUAGUUAUGGAGGACGUUGAUAGCGUAAGGGGUAUUUUGAAGGGCGUAACACCUUUCAACAACAACAGUUCAAUGAUCAAGACGGCCAAGUUCGAUGAGAUGAAUGUGCUGGCGACCUUUCAUCCGCCGAACAAGGACUAUGGCCACAUGAUAAUCGAUGAGCCGAAAACGCCGUUCGUUUUCGAAAGUGACCUGCCGCAUGAUUUGGAUACCACCACGUUGAUGGAGAAGCUGCGCUUGGCCGCCCAGUGUGAGACGCCGGCGUUUGGCAUCGAUGCCGAUUCGGAUGAUUCGUCCGCUGAUGAGGAUUAUCCCGAGUCGGUCGAUGAGAAGGUGCGUCGCUUGGAGUUCGAGAGACGCCGUAAGCAGCACUACAAGGAGUUUCUAUCAGUGCCGCUGGCACGUCGUCUUAUUGCCCAGGAAUUUGGCGAUGUGAUCAGCUCGGAUAUCAGCCUGAAGUCCGAGACGAUGCCGAUGGCCGAGAGCUGUUUGGAAGAGAUUUGCGAGAUCAAUGAGGAGGCGGAAACACACAGCAUACCAAUAACGGAAGACAGCGAGAUGCUAUCAAUGAAUUCAACCAAGCAUAGCCUAGAGGAUGAGGAGGAGCGACUGCCCGAAGUGGAACCGGGCUUGGAAAAAACCCAUCCAUGUCACCAGAAGCUGAUGGCCGAAAUAAACGAUGCUAACCGAAUAUCGGGUGAAAGCAGUACAGCACUAUCGACAGUACAACCAUCAGACCAGCCCACGGAAGAGUAGUCGAGGCGACCAUCUAAGCUACAUUCCCACAGAGAUAUUUAUAUAUAUAUAUAUAUAUAUGUAUAUGUAUAUGUAUAUAUAGCAUCAAAUCACAUCUGGCUCAUGAAUCUAAUUUUAAUGUUAUAUGCAUUUUGAUGUUCUACUUGUUCAAAUUAAGACUGCCUGCUAGCGAUGUCUAUUAAAAUUGUUACGUUCAAGA